GACCACAGUCACACAGCUCUUGUGUGAUCGUGUGCGAAAUUAACAGCCCCAGAAGGGGCAGGUUCAGAGGUGAGGACAGGAAACGGAAGUGGCCCUCAGAGGCUGUUUAAGUCUUGUUGGCGCGCGGCACUAAAGCGAGUGCACGAGGGUUUGUGGCGUGACAGUCAUCAGUGAUUUUGAGGUGAUGGCUUUGUUGGCUUUUGGGAAUGACAGUUUGUGGGGUCAGUUGGUGGGGAAUUAAAAAGUCUGGUGAAUGGGAGUGUAUGCGGGUCAGGGAGGGAUGGAGGCUUCUGAGGUAGUCAGUUUUUAGAUUCCUUGCUGCAUUUUGUUGUCAAGUCCUAAUAGUGUGUGUGCGUUUAGAUUUUUUCCUCAGUCUCCCCAGAGAUUUGCUAAUUUUAUUAGCCUUUCCAAACAACCAACUUUUGGCUUUGUUGAUCCUCUCUGAUGUACCUUUGUUUUCUUUUUCCCUAAUUCCUGCUAUCUGUGCUAUUUUCUCUUUUAUCUAACUUCUUAAAUUGGUUGUUAAUUCAUUAAUGUUCAGCCUUUCUUUGUUAAAAUGCAUUUGAAAACAUGAAUUUCCCUUUAAGAGUCUCUUUAGUUGCGUUCCACAAAAUGUUAUAUACACCAUCUUAUUAUUGAGCUUUGUGUUUAAUUUUUCUCUUUCAUUUAUUCUUUACAUUACUAUAAUGUUUUGGGAGAGUUGACAUUUUAAUUAAAUUUUUUAUCCAGGGAUAUGGUAUGUUUGUGUGACUAUUUUAUAUUUGUCAAUUUUUUUAACUUUUUAAAUUUAUAGGUGCAGCUCCUUAAAGAGUUUAUUUUACAUAUUUUAUAUUUUUCUUGUUAUCAUUACUAACGGAUUUUUUUCCCGUUCUCAUUUGGUCAUUAUUAUACAGGGAAAAAACUAUCUGAUCUUGUAAUUUUAUCUUGUAUCCAGCCCCUUAUCAAAUUACCCUAUGACUUCUGGUAGAGUCUGGGGUAGGUUUUCUAUGUAUAAAAUCAUAUCACUGGCAAAGAAAGCUACAUUUUCAUUUCUUUGCAAUAUUUAUUCUGAUUAUUUCGUCUUCUAUUGUGUGAUCUAGAGCCAGAAAAAACAAUUUUGAGUUGUAUCAGACAUCCCUAUCUUUUUACUAAUUUUAAUGGCAGUUGCUUCAUCAUUUUACUUUUUAGCAUAGUAUUUCAGGGAUGUGUUUUGUAAAUGAUUUUUGUGAUAUUUAAGUGAUUUACUUCCUCCCUAAUUUUAGUUUGAGUUUUUAUUAGUAAUGACUGCUGAAUUGUGUCAAAUGCUUUUUUGGUGUAAGUUAAAACCAGCAUGUUUCCUCCACCCCCCUAAUUUGUUGAUUUAAUCAAUAUUAUUAAUGUUGAAUCAUCUUCUGGAAAGAAGAGGCUCAGAGCUUCUCCGCAGAAGAAUUUAAGAGGGAUUUUUCACCCUAAAAUGGUGAAAUAAUUAAAGUGGACAGAAGAGACCCCUUUCAUUAAGAUUACCAGGUUUCCAGGUUUUUUGCCGCCACAGUCACUCACCAGGACCCCAUGGACAAGUCCUUCCCCUGCCUACCCCAUGGGGCUUCAGCACCAUUCACUGCCUCACUUCCACCUUCUCCCCAAACCCAGAUCUGCCGUGAACCUGGAAUUGAGGAUUUGUUGGUGUCUCUGUGGAGCUGUUGAACUUUCCGCAUAUUGGAGGCUGCAGGAUCUUCCAUUUAUUCUGACUGCAGCCCACGUACAAAGGCCUCUCCAGCUUUGGAAGGUGGGCUGGUACUCAGAGUCAACAUGCCAGCUAAUGGGAAAUCACCCCAGAGGUUUCCUGCCCUGGUUCCAGGACAACCUGGCAGAUCAUUUGAGAUUGUUGUUACAGGGAUCUGUGUCAUUUGAAGACGUGGCUGUGGAUUUUACCCGACAGGAGUGGUACAGACUGGACCCUGCCCAGAGGACCAUGCACAAGGAUGUGAUGCUGGAGAACUACAGCAACCUGGCGUCUGUGGGCCUCUGCGUGGCCAAACCAGAGAUGAUCUUCAAGUUGGAGCGAGGGGAAGAACUGUGGAUAUUAGAGGAGGAAUCCUCAGGCCAUGGUUACCCAGGCUCUCUGUCACUGCUGUGUGCCAACAAUUCUGUUGGGGGUAAUGCCCUCAGUCAUGAUAAUGACCUUCAGCAUCAGAAGCUUCAAACUUUGGAUCAAACUGUUGAAUAUGGGAAAGCCUUCUACAAGAGAACAGCCUUUGUUGGACAUAAAAGAACACACACAGGAGAGAAAAACUUUGAAUGUCAUGAAUGUGGGAAAACUUACUGCAGGAAAUCAAAUCUUAUUGAACAUCUGAGAAUACACACAGGCGAGAGACCCUAUAAAUGUGGUGAAUGUGCAAAAACCUUUAGUGCAAGAUCAUACCUCAUUGCUCAUCAGAAAACUCACACAGGGGAGAAGCCCUUUGAAUGUAAUGAAUGUGGAAAAUCUUUUGGCAGGAAGUCACAACUCAUUCUACAUCGGAGAACACACACAGGAGAGAGACCCUAUGAAUGCACUGAGUGUGGGAAAACCUUUUCUGAGAAGGCAACCCUCAUGAUUCAUCAGAGAACUCACACAGGGGAGAAACCCUAUGAAUGUGGCGAAUGUGGGAAAACAUUUCGUGUUAAGAUAUCCCUUACUCAACACCAGAGAACUCACACAGGGGAGAAACCCUAUGAAUGUGGUGAUUGUGGGAAAAACUUUCGUGCAAAAAAAUCCCUAAACCAACAUCAAAGAAUUCACACAGGCGAGAAACCCUAUAAAUGUGGUGAAUGUGGAAAAUUCUUCAGAAUGAAGAUGACUCUCAAUAAUCACCAGAGAACUCAUACAGGUGAAAAACCCUAUCAGUGUAACGAAUGUGGGAAAUCUUUCAGGGUGCACUCAUCUCUUGGAAUACAUCAGCGAAUUCACACAGGAGAGAAACCUUAUGAAUGUAAUAAAUGUGGUAAUGCCUUCUAUGUCAAAGCACGCCUCAUUGAACAUCAGAGAAUGCAUUCAGGAGAGAAACCCUAUGAAUGUAGUGAAUGUGGAAAAAUCUUCAGUAUGAAGAAAUCCCUGUGUCAACAUCGGAGAACUCACGUAGGAGAGAAACUUUAUGAAUGAAGUGAAUGCAGAAAUGCCUUCUAUGUGCAAGUAUGCCUCAUUGACACAGGAGAGAGACCCUUUGAAUGUCAAGGAUGUGGGAAAGCCUUCUGCCAGAAAGCACACCUCAGAGAACAUUAGAGAACUCACUUAGGCCAGCCCUUGCCUUGUACUAUGGAGAAAGCUUCUCUAAGAAGAUUCCCCUCACCAUUUGACCAAGCUCUUUGGGCCAUCUGAUUACUGGUGCACACAGAGUGCACUUGUAACAAUUUGGCUCUUAUGUUGGUAUGAAAAUUGUCCUGAUCGCCUUAGGGAGUGGCUCAUUGUUGUUUUCAUUUCAUUUGGAUUUCCCUAAUUAGUGGUGAGGUUGAACAUUGGCUUACCUGUUGACUGGCCAUUUGUUUUAUUUUGUCUGUGCAAUGACUGUUCAUAUCCUUUGCUCAUUGUUUUCUAAUGGGCUGUUUAUCUUUUACUUCUUGGUUUAAAUGUUGUUUUUCUUGUUUUUUUUUAAUAUGUGAAAAUAUAAAAAUCCUUUUUCAGUCA